AUUGCAAUGCUAACUUCCUUGUGCGUGGGAUUUGAAAAUAUUUAAUCUCUACUGUGGCAAAUAAUAGACGAGAGGUAUUUCCUGAAGGCUCUGGAGGCUGUCCGUUUGACAUUGACAGAAGAUUUACACAUGAACUGACUAGCUGACAUCACAUUUAUCUUCAACUCUCUUGCCACCUACAGUAAAUGGAUGAACUGUCUCUAUUACAUCAAACUGUCAGCAUGCUGUUGCUGAAGGAAUAUUGACAUUCACUACAUUGAUACUACGGGUAAAUUGGUAAGUAUCUGCAAUCAUUUUCUUGUGCCAAAUAUUGUAGAAAUUGAGUAGAAAAUAGUUUAAAAGAGUUGUUUAUUUAGUAAUAUUUUGCAGAAUAAACCUAAUGUUAUCAUGUUAUGUAAAAAAAAAAAGAAAAAGAAAAACAUGUUAGGCCUACUUUACAAAUACAUUUACAGGUUGCCUUGACUUAAAUAGUCAGUUACAUAGAUUUAGGAUUUUUGUCAUCUUUUUCUUUUUUGCAUCUUCCUUCAAAAUUGAAAGUUGUUUAGAAGCAUUGUGCAAGAAGCAAGUGUUUUGAAACUUCUACUUCUGCUAAUAUUACAUCAUAUGAAAGAAACAUCAGGUUCAGCGCAUUUAAAACACCCUAGAAGAUCUUCAAAUUAUUUUUAACCUUGACAGGGCCAAAACAUUUUACCAGGAAAAAAGUUUUGGGAAAACUGUCAGGUAUGAUCCUAAACAACACCACAAACCAAACUGGCCUGCCGGAGGACUUUAGAAUUGCUCUUCUGGUUGUAUAUAUAUUCAUCUUUCUUGCUGGGACUCUGAAUGUUGUACUAAUGUCCUGUAUGCUACAGUCCCAAAGACGUCUCUCUUUCACCAAAGUGUCUGUAAUCAACCUGAUAGCAGUGCACUCCUUUUUCCUUCUCACGGUGCCCUUUCGCAUUUACUAUUAUGCUUCUGAAAAAGACUGGAUUCUUGGCAUAUAUUUCUGCAAAAUUGUCAGUAUUAUGAUCCAUGCCCACAUGUAUCUUGCAUUCAUCUUCUAUGUCUUCCUUCUAAUUGUGCGCUAUCGGGAGCACUCUGAUCAGCAGCACAAGCUAAAGUUUCAUCGCAUCCUUCACGCCACGAUUGCAAGUGCAAGCGUCUGGAUGGUCAUAUUCGGCGCUAUGAUCCCAGCAACUGCUAAUUAUGGAAUGGCACAGAACGAUUCAACUCAUUGCUUUAAUUUUGGUCAGGCUCUCACCCAGCCUACUGUGAAGACAUUAAACUAUGUAAUUUGUAUACUAGUAAUACUGGUUUGGAGUGUUCUGGCAGUUUUCCAAGUUUAUUUUCUGCUCAAAGUGAGUAAAACAUUUGGAAAGGCCACAUGUCAACGUCAAGAGUUCUGGGCACAACUGAAGAAUGUUGUUUUCCUGUUGGUUAUGUUUUUUUGUUUUGUGCCCUAUCAAGGAUUCAGAGUGUAUUUUGUGAGUGAAUAUGGCGAGAUUGAAGAAAUGAAUCAUAUAAAUGAAGUAUUACUUGCUGUCACUGGUGUCAGCUGCAUUGAUAUGAUUGCUUUUGCUGGUAGAGAUGUAUGCAAACUAAUAAAUUCAAGGGGAUGGUUUAACUGUUUAUAGAAACUAUAUUGUAUAUUGUUAUUGAUAUAGGGAAUUGUUUUCCAUUUUCUUAUCUUUGUUUUUGAUGCAUUUGUGCCUUAUAAGCUUAAAAUAAUUGUUCAGCAUGACAGAAUGUUUGGAAAUAACCAAGUGUUUUAUUGAUCUAUAAUGAAAUUUGCAUUAAAUAAUUGACAGUAUUUGGAUGUAUUUACAUUAUAUAUGUGGUCUUUUUUCCUUGUUAGGUGUUCAGAGAAAACUUUUCCACAUUUAUUUUUACAUUAGUGUGCAGAUAAUAUAUUUAAAGCCAUUAAAAUAGUGGACAGGGUUCGAUAACUGUGAUGUGCAUACUCAUUUCUGCAAAGGAAAAUUUCCUUUUUGUAUUUUAGCACCCUCUAGAGGCAUCGAAACACUUGCAUGCGUAUUCUAACUAACUACAUCCUCAAUCGAAUUUUACUUGUGAAAUAACUACUUUUCAGAACUGCUUCAUUUCAACAGUAACUGUACUUCUGUUAGGACAUUAAAUACUUCUUCCUCUUUCAAGCUGAUCCUUUUAUGGUGAAUGGAAAUACCUUCUUUUGUACUGGAUAUGAUUGAUUCUGACGUAAACACAGUUCUUUUCGUCUACUAUUUAGUAAGCCCUACUUUUUGAAAAAUAAAUAAAUGACACACAUUUUCCUGACAACCAUAGUUGGUUGAUGACUAAAAUUACAUCCCUGCGCUGGUGUUGAGGUUGAACAAUUGAUUGGCGAACCCAAAGCCACUUCCAGUAAACUAUGACUAAUUAUAUACUGUAAUACCAUAAAAACAUCAUCAUGUGGGACCGAUCAGCACCCGCUAUAAACUGCAAAACCAGUAACCACAGCUGAUAGGGUUUUUGUUUACAUCCUAGGGGUCAAUGAAAAGACACCUCAUCGCUGCAAUAUGCUACUGCUGUAGAGAUUUUUAAAUGGUAUGCAGAAAAUGUUAGUGCUCCCUGAAGUACAGCUUACCACUGAAAUAACAGUCUUGAGAUAUUGCUGUAACAGCCUGGAAACAGUAACACAAGAAGAGGCCGUGGGCUGUGGUGAGAUUCUCUGUUUAGCCAAUCAGACGACUUUUGAGGUGCAUGUUCACAGCGGCAAGUCCAUAUAUGGGAAGCCGGAAUCUGAGCUUUUCAUUAAUUUGGAGGGUGCGAUUGUUUGUGAUUUCUCCUGAUUUCUGUUUUGCGGCCUACAGAGCCAAGCCUCCAAAAAGAGACCUAACCAAUAAAAAAAGUAAGAGCGGAGUCAAUGUCUUUGAAGCUUGCAAUGGUUGAUAACAGAUGCCGAUUUUUUUUGUUGCUUUUUGGCUUGACAGGUCUUAGAUAUGUAACAUUAUAGAUACCUAUACAUGGGUAUAUCUAUGGGUAUAUAACUGCAUAGUCA